AGAGGCCUCAGCACUUCCUCUUUGUAGUCCGUUAUGAAAACAGGAAGCUUGAGUGUUAGGAAGAACAGUUCAGCUUUUACCUCUAGUGUUUCGCCAAUAUCUAGACAUCACAUGGUGUUGGUGUUGAACUUGAUUCAAAGUAGAAAUCUAACUUUUUGGGACUCCAGAUCAUGGCUGACACUUUAGAGAAUAACUCCGAGUGCCCUCCAUCUGCCAAGAGUGACGCUUCAGCAGGUGGUCUGAGCAUGCUGGAGAGCUCGGUGCAGGAGAACCAACGAGAUGGGCAGGUUGUGUUUGAAGACUCUGUGUUUGCUGGUUAUUUGCAGGAUGGACUGCACAGUCUCCGGCUGGAAGACAGCUUAACCGACGUCAGCCUCCACGUACAGGGUCAGAGCUUCCAGUGCCAUCGAGUGGUCCUUGCUGCAGCCAGUCAUUAUUUCAGAGCAAUGUUUUGUAAUGACUUGAGAGAAAAACAUGAAGAAAACGUAAAUAUUAAAGGCAUUGAUGCUGACACCAUGGGAAUCCUGUUAGAAUACACUUACACCAGCAAGGUCAUCAUAACCAAGGACAAUGUUCAGAGAAUGCUCGAGGCAGCCAGUCUGUUUCAG